AUGGAGGAUGGUAGGAGGGAUGGCCGCGGGCGCAUGGUUUCGGGCCCUGUCGUCAACGUUGAUGGGCCGCCUUUACAGUCGGCGUGGCAAACUGCAAUCGCGGAUGGCAGCUUCGAAGACGAUGACGCCGAGGCGGUUAAAGGCCUGGGCAUCCUCGGGAAUGGGAGGCUUCAUGCCACCCGCGACCAGGAUCAUGGCAACCGUGGUAGUCAGCAUCUAGCCGCGGGUCACCAUUACACGAAGCGCCCAUCUCCAUACCCUCUAGGCCACGACCUCCAACAGCCUGUGCCCGGUUUCAACUUCGGACCGCUCUCAUCUCAGGCGCCGGCUGCGGCGAGGCUCCAGCCACAGAUCGCAAAGGGAAAACAGACGGACCAGAAUGAACCGGCAACCAACGUAGCAAGCAAGAAGCGCCAGGGCCAGCAGCAAGAUGUUGUGGCCCACGUUGACAAGAAGCGUCGGGCAACUAGCGUUGCGUCUUCGGGUCAGUCGAUACCCAGCCCGAGGCAGCCCAUCACAACUAGCUACCGCCUUCCUUCGCGGCCUCCUCCGGGACUGCUCUCACCCACCCCCAACAAAAUUGUGGACAUCUCCAAGAGGCUACCUGGAGUGGAGAUAUUGCACAAGUGUAUGGCCCAGCUUCUAGCGCCUUCCCCUGAGCCCGCAACCGGAGCGCUCGUUACCUGGUGUCGCCCUCCACAGGCGGAGGAGCCAAUGUUCCUUGUGCUUGUGGGCAUGGAUAUUCGCCAUCAGUAUCCUAUCACAUUCUGGAAGUCCCAGUGGAGCGGCGGCCCGGAGACUGUCUUCAUCACGCUCAAGGAGGGCUCGGGGGCGGAAGUUACGGUUGGGCUGAUGUUCCCAGCCCAGCCAGCUGCCGACGCCUUUCUCCAGUUCUCUCGCAAGCUCAUCGAGAAGGCCAAGAGUCAACCCAAGGCCACCUCACAGUCUCUCGAGCCUGUGGCCAGUAAUGCCCCAGCGACUAGCGCGUCUCUGCCGCAGAUCCAGAUCACGCCGCCUUCGUCUGGUACAUCGGAAGCCACCCAGCCAUCUCAGGGCAGCCAAAACCUGCAGCCUCAAAAGAGGCUCAUCGCCAACAUCGUCGGCACUGCUCAAACCAGCCAACCCGCGUCGAACAUCAUUCGCAAUGGACAGGUUGCGGCUGUCAACCAGAUGGCCAAGCCAAAGGCAGAGGGUUCAGAGGUCAAGGUUCCAGUGGAGGAGGCAUUCUGUCUAAUCUCCGUCGACUCCGUUCCGGCCACAACGACACCCAAAGCCUGUGAAAAGAAGGCUUCGUAUACGAACGAACUCUUUGGCCUGUCUAUAUGGGAUGAGGACACUAUGAAGACUGGACAGCAGCCCGGGAAGGAUUGCUUCCCUGCUUCCCUGAAUCCCCAGGCUGCUGUUGCCAGUCCCACUGCUGCUGAGAACGCGAGCGAAGUCUUUUCUCGAUGCAAGACCAUCAUCUCACAGACCUCGGACAUCCUCCGCCUGGAUCCCAUGGCUGGUAUAUCUGUUGAUGAGGACAUGCGCCGGCGACUUCUGGGCGAAAUCGCCGAGAAGUUCAGUGGUAUCAACAAGGGUCAAAAGGGCUAUGUGGUCUCUAUGCUGCUGCGCCUAUUCGACACAGUCAUGCGCCCUGACGGCCUGCGGUACUCCGCCGAAGAGCUUGUGAAGCUUCGGGCUGACGCGGCAUUGCCUUCUGGGUGGGUGUGCCAUAAUGUGCGCGCCGACCUAUCGUCCUGCGUCAGCGACGGUGAUGAUGAGGAGCCUGUGCAAGGUAUUGCGGAUCUCCGGAAGCAGCUCGACCGCGUGGCGGGCAAGCAAGCCGAGCUUGCCAAAGCACAGGCGCAGGCGGAGCUGCAGGCCGUGGCUACGGCGCAGCCAAGCACUCAGGAUGAGCUAGCCCCCGCCAAGAGACCUGAGAACUCGCGUUGGGCCGCCAUCGCUCCCAAGGGUGGUGCCUUGAACGAUCUGGUCGCACUUGUUCCUCGCAUCAACCCGGCCAGCCCGGAGACUCAGGUCAACAACAUUCAGACCCCAGCAGUGCUCCCGCCACAGGGACUCGCGGUAGAUUCGAUGGAUGCCCUCGACAUGGUUUUCAGGGGUCUCUCCUUGGCAGCCGUUCCCUCGGCUCGCAACACUGUGGCGGAAACCCCGGGUAAUGUUUUCAACAACAGCAACGGCAACGCCCCCACAAACAACAGCGGCACUUACCUGCUCCAAGGUGCCAGCAUGAUAUAA